UCUGGCCAACAUCCAGAACUUCAAGGUAUUAUAAAUCAAAACCAACCACAUAUCUUCCUUAAAAAUGAAGAAGUGCAGUAUAGACAUCAAAGUGUUGUUCACAGUUCAAAAAAACCUGAAAGAGGCUGUUGACAUCUGCAGCAAGUAAGUUUAUUCGGAAAAUACAGCACGGUGUCAAAAUGCAUUCCAGUAGUGUGUGGCUAUUUGCUGUAGUAAAAUUCUUGUUUCAGACCCAGAUUCUGAGGUUCCUUCCUUGUAUUUGUUCCAUUAGGUUCUGUAUUGGUGAUGUAUUUGCCCUGUGAUAUGACAUAUUGUAUAAAGAUUUUAAUUAAUCUGUGUGACAUUUCUAUAUUCCUACAAUGCCUAGGUAGACGAAUCUUCAAUAGUUUACUGCUUCUGACAAAAUAAGGGUGGUUAUGUAUAUAUCUCACACAUAUGGGCCUUUCUUUCCAGAAGUAUCAAAGAAUCAUAAUAUCAUAGAAUUGCUCAGGUUGGAAAAGACCUUCAAGAUCAUCAAGUCCAACCACAACUUGAUCAUACUACUCUAACAACCCACUUCUAAAUCAUGUCCCUGAGCACCACAUCCAAAUGGUUUUUAAACACAUCCAGGAAUGGUGACUCAACCACCUCCCUCUGGGAAGCCUAUUCCAGUGCUUAACAACACUGUGUAAAGAAGUUUGUCCCGAUAUACAACCUAAACUUACCCUGGUGCAACUUGAGGCCAUUUCCACCACAUGUCCUGUCACCAGUGAGAAGAGACCAGCCCCACUCUCGCUGUAAUCACCUUUCAGAUAUUGGAAGAGAGCAAUUAGGUCUCCCCUCAGCCUCUUUUUCCCCAGACUAAACAGCCCCAGUUCCUUCAGUCUCUCCUCAUAGGCCAUAUUCUCCAAGCCCUUCACCAGCCUUGCUGCUCUUCUUUGGACCUGCUCCAGCACCUCAGUGUCCUUUCUGUGCUGAGGUGCCCAAAACUGAACAUAGCACUUGAGCUGAAGCCUCACCAGUGCCGAGUCCAGGGGCAGGAUGACUUCCCUGGUGCUGCUCACCACACCAUUAAUGAUCCAAGCCAGGAUGCCAUUGGCCUUCUUGGCCACCUGGGCACUCUGCUGGCUUAUAUUUAGUCAACUGUCCAUCAGUACAUCAAAGUCCCUUUCCAUUAGGCAGCUUUCUAGCCACUCCUCCCCAACCCUGUAGGGUUGCCUGGGAUUUUUCUGACCAAAAUGCAGGACCCGAUGCUUGGCCCUAUUGAAACUCAUCCAGUUUGCCUUGGCCCAUCAAUUCCCAGUUUAUCCAGGCCUUCUGUAGUGCUUUUCUCCCCUCUGGCAGAUCAACACUCCCUCCCAACAUGGUGCCAUCUGCAAACUUACUGAGGGUGCACUCAAUCCCCUCAUCAAGAUCGUUAAUGAAGAUGUUAAAUAGAAGCAGCCCCAUACUGAGCCCUAGAGGACACCGCUUGUGACCAGCCACCAACUGGAUUUAAUUCUGUUGACCACAACUCUCUGGGCCUGGCCAUCCAGCCAGUGUUUAACCCAGCAGAGCACAUGCCCAUCCAAACCAUGGGCAGCCAGUUUGUACUAACUAAACCAAUCUGAAGUUCUAAUAAGAAUGAAAAUAAUCUAAACCACAUGGUGUUUUGUGGGGAAUUAUUCCCCCUCUGCAGCAGGCUGAGAAUCAGAAGAAAGAAUAAUAGCUAUUAGAAUGACGAAUAUUUAAUUACCCAGGACUGGGCAGCUAUUUUGAAGAAUGAGAUGCAAAGUACUAAUUUAUCUGCUGGGAUACGAGAGUUCAGAAGGAAGCUGAGGACAGGUGAAAAUAUAACUGUGUAUCUGACUAAUAUACGUGAGACUAAAAGGAAUUUAUGCACCAAUAUGAACUAGGAAAUGUAUUUUAGUAGCCUUCCAAAUGACUUGGAGAUGUUGCAAAAUAGAGGAAGCCUGUAUUUAUUACAUUUUAUUUCAGUUAAACAUAUAUUCUUGUCAACAGCACUUAGGCAUCACAGAAGGUUAUAGAAAUCUAAAUAGUAGCUAUUUUUUACAGUCCUGCAGCAUUUGGGGAAAUAAUUCACAGUCUAUGAAAACUGCCAUGAGAAGUAUCACAUGAACACAGGAUAAGGAACAGUCUCUGCCUUAAAUGUGAAAUAUUUUGAAUCUUUAACACACUAACUCCAGCAACAUUGAUUCGUUCCUUUUUCCUAACAAGGUCUUUCCAGGUUAAAAAGAACAACUGCAUAAUGAGUAUGGAGAGCUAAGAUGAAAAAAAAAUGCUAAAAGAAUAGUGUAAAAAUUUAUGUUGCUUGGGAUCAUAUAUCAGAGAUACUGUUUGUCAUUAUUUUACUAUCCAGAAAUAAAAAGUCAUCAUCAUUCUAUAUAACUGUAAAAAAAUUUCAAAGAAUGCCUCUUUGCUGUUGAUCUUAAGGCUCUUCAGCUCAAAUAACGAACCAGAAUUUGACAACACUGACACAAAAAAAUGCAAUUAGACCUUCAAUACAUUCAUGAUAGUGGGAUUCUGUUUGGGCUCUGGAAAAAAUCCUUGUAGUAUGUUUCAAAAACAAAAUGUUCAUCAUCUACUGAAACACUGAAUUCUGAUAGGUUUCUUAUCCUGUUUCUUAUUGGAUUCAAUAAGAUUCAAAGCCAACACAAUCAUUGGAAUCCUUUAUCCAGUCUUUGAUGCAUUUGGAAUCAGUCUCAGAAUACCAAAAUUAGACUCAGUGGUAUUGCACUGCAUUAUUUGGUGGCAAUUUAGUAACAGUGAUACACGACAGUGGCAUUAUAAGCAAUACUGAAAGCACUUUUCAAGAAAACACUAAGAUUCCCACCAAAUUCUUGAUGAGGCACAGUGCAGUUCUACGUGGGAUGAAAAUUAACUCCUGUCACAAGAGUAGCCCUCCACAGCCACUGUCUGAUUUGUACUCCCAGAAGCGCAGAAUCACACACGGGAAUGCAUUUUCUCAGGCUGUCUCAGUCACUUUACUCAAGUAUUUUAGAGUCUAGGAGGAAAAAAAACCAUAAAACCAGCAUGUUUAUUCAUGCAGACAAGAUUUUAUUUCUCAAGGGAAGGAGGAGUCACCUAUCUUCAUAUAUAAGAUACUAAUAUUUCUAUGUAUAUUCACGUAUUUUUCAAUUUUUUUAUGUCGUUUUUCUGUAAUUCUCUACAUAUUGAUGGGUGUGCGAAUGGGCUGAAAACACAAGGCUGUCAGGAAACAAUUGCAGUAUUGAAGCUUGUACGGCUGCUUAGACGGAGAGCUCGGGCGUUCCGCGGGAGCGGGCGGUCAUCACGCAGCUCCCGUGCCGUAUCCCCGACGUGCUCGGUUUCCCAAGCCAGUGGCGCGCAGGCGCCUCUCAAUCCACGGCGAGAUGCUCUCGGACGUGAGAAGGGAAUCGCCCUGCCUUUCUCUAUCUCCUGCUUUUUCUCUGGCCUUGCUGCCCUCUUUUUCUACCGUUUAGCUCAGUCUCCUGUCUGGAUUUCAUUUUUUAUCUCCUUGGGCUUUUUUUUUUUUUUUUUUUUUUUUUUUUUUUUUUUUUUUUAAUGUUCUCUACCCCUGGGAGUCCGUUUACCAUCCGCUCUUUAGGUCCUGCUCCUCUCCACACAGCUGUAUUUAAAGGGAGACCCGCGUUUCUAUUAUCCCCCGCUCCCCUUCUCUCUGCUUCCACGUACCCUGUGCCCCCACCCGUCACUCUGCUCGAUUUCAAACCUUCGGAUGGUAUUUUGGUGCGAUUAGGAGAUUAACAUCCCUGGAACACCAGGAGAGGAGGAGGAGGAGGGGGAAAAGGAGAGAGAGACGGCACGAGUGAAGCUGUCCUCCCGCCGCCCCAGCCAUCCUCGGCUCCUCGGUUGCAGCGGAGGGGGCGUUUUCAGGCGCCGUUGGUUGCGGACGGCGGCUGCGAGCUGCGCCCGGUGCCCGCAUCCGCGGAGCAGCGCCGGCGAGAGCUGGCGGAGGACCUGCGGCCGCGGGUCCUGCUCGCAGCCCCCCUCUCUUUUAUGAGCAGCGAGGCGGAGGAGCGGCAGCGGAGGACAACAGGAGGAGCAUUUCUUCCCCGGGGUUUAUGAAUGGCAAUGAUAUGGAGGAAAUACCGUUUCAUAAAGUCAAGACCAAAAGGAAGAAGUGCUUCCACUGCUGCUGCUCUCCGUCUGCUGCCGCGGUGGCGGGAGCGGGAGCCAGGCUGGGAGAACCUCCUCCCCUGCUGCUGCUAGAUGCCAUUGCCUGUGAAGAUGAGUUCGACUGCAAGGAGCUGGAAGCUCUUUUCCAGAGCUACAACCUGAAGCUGGAGCAGAAGUCUACCCUCAAAGCGCUGGCCGUUCUCAUCGUGCUCACCGCCAGCCUGGCCCUUGUGGAGCUGCUCUCUGGACCCAGCUUGACCAUUUCCAAAGGCUCGCACCCGGUGCACUGCAUCAUCUUCCUUUCUCUCUUUAUCGUCACUAACGUCAAGUACCUGCAGGUCACCCAGCUGCAGCAGAUCGUCAAGCUCACCUUGCUCUUUAGCUUCACCUUCUCCUUCCUCUGCUGCCCCUUCUCGCUAGGCGCCUACAGCAUGGAACCCCUCAGCGCCCCGGAGCAGGGCAUGUGGCAGCUCAUGCUGGUCACUUUCGUCUCGUAUUCACUGCUGCCCGUCCGGACCCUGCUGGCUAUCGUUUUCGGGCUCGUGGUGUCCGUCUCCCAUCUCAUCGUCACCGCCACCUCCGUCAGCGCCAAGCGGCAGCGACUCUGGAGGACGCUUGUGGCCAAUGCAAUUCUUUUUGUCAGUGUAAAUUUGUAUGGAGUCUUUGUGAGGAUCUUGACGGAAAGGGCUCAGAGGAAGGCGUUCCUUCAGGCCAGGAACUGCAUAGAGGACAGGCUGAGGCUGGAGGAUGAAAAUGAAAAACAGGAACGUCUCUUGAUGAGUCUUUUGCCUAGGAAUGUUGCAAUGGAAAUGAAGGAAGAUUUUUUGAAGCCUCCUGAAAGGAUUUUCCACAAGAUUUACAUUCAAAGGCAUGACAAUGUUAGCAUUUUGUUUGCAGACAUUGUGGGAUUUACUAGUUUGGCAUCACAGUGCACUGCCCAAGAGCUGGUGAAGCUGCUAAAUGAGCUGUUUGGCAAAUUUGAUGAGUUAGCUACUGAAAAUCACUGCAGAAGAAUAAAAAUCCUAGGUGACUGUUACUAUUGUGUAUCUGGCUUAACCCAACCCAAAACAGACCAUGCCCAUUGCUGUGUUGAAAUGGGAUUGGAUAUGAUUGACACCAUCACAUCUGUUGCAGAAGCCACAGAGGUUGAUCUCAACAUGAGAGUUGGAUUACAUACGGGAAGGGUGCUUUGUGGGGUCCUAGGUCUCCGAAAAUGGCAAUACGAUGUCUGGUCAAAUGAUGUUACUUUAGCCAAUGUAAUGGAAGCUGGAGGAUUGCCUGGGAAAGUUCAUAUUACAAAGACCACCCUAGAGUGCCUAAAUGGGGACUAUGAAGUAGAACCAGGAUAUGGCCAUGAAAGGAAUAGUUUCUUGAAGAAACAUAAUAUUGAAACAUACUUUAUUGUGCCAUCCCACAGGAGAAAGAUAUUUCCUGGACUGAUUCUAUCAGACAUUAAGCCCGCCAAAAGAAUGAAGUUCAAGACAGUCUGCUAUCUGCUUGUUCAGCUCAUGCACUGCCGUAAGAUGUUCAAAGCAGAGAUCCCUUUCUCCAAUGUCAUGACAUGUGAAGAUGAUGAUAAGAGGAGAGCAUUAAGGACGGCCUCUGAAAAGCUCAGGAAUCGUUCCUCUUUUUCUACCAAUGUUGUGUACAACACUCCAGGAACUCGAGUAAACAGAUACAUCAGUCGUUUGAUAGAGGCCCGGCAAACUGAGUCUGAGAUGGCUGACCUGAACUUCUUUACACUGAAGUAUAAACAAAUUGAGCGUGAAAAGAAAUACCACCAGCUUCAGGAUGAAUACUUCACCAGUGCUGUAGUUCUCUCACUAAUUCUAGCUGCCUUAUUUGGCCUUGUCUACCUUCUAAUAAUACCACAGAGUACCAUAGUUCUUGUUCUCCUGGUGUUCUGCAUAUGCUUCCUAGUGGCUUGUAUUAUGUACCUACAUGUCACAAGAGUACAAUGUUUUCCAGGGUGCCUAACAAUACAAAUUCGUACCAUUUUAUGUAUUUUUAUUGUGAUCUUAAUAUACUCUGUGGCUCAAGGAUGUGUGGUUGGCUGCAUGCCUUGGGUUUGGAAUACCAAUUCCAGCAGUUCUAUAGUUAUCAUUUCUCCUGGUGGAACAAAUAAAACAAUGAAUGAACUUCCAUGUGAUACAGCUCACUAUGCUUUCCUUUCCUGUGUAGUGGGGACUCUCACCUUGGCAAUAUUUCUACGUGUAUCUUCCUUGCCAAAAAUUAUACUGCUGCUUUUUGUUACUAUUUUGUACAUAGUUAUUCUGGAACUCAGUGGUUACAGAAAAGCAGUGGGGAGUGGAUCCUUUUAUAUGCGAGGCUAUGAACCAACACUAGCUAUUUUGCUAUUUUCUUGUGCUUUGGCACUGCAUUCGAGACAGGUGGACUUGAAGCUACGUCUGGACUACCUCUGGGCUGUGCAGGCAGAAGAAGAGAGAGAUGAUAUGGAGAGAGUCAAGCUGGAUAAUAAAAGAAUUCUCUUCAACCUAUUGCCAGCACAUGUUGCACAGCAUUUUCUUAUGUCUAAUCCAAGGAAUAUGGACCUUUACUACCAGUCUUAUUCACAAGUGGGAGUGAUGUUUGCUUCCAUCCCAAAUUUCAAUGAUUUCUACAUCGAACUGGAUGGCAAUAAUAUGGGAGUGGAGUGUUUACGCCUGUUAAAUGAAAUUAUUGCUGAUUUUGAUGAGCUUAUGGACAAAGAAUGUUAUAAGGACAUAGAAAAAAUCAAGACAAUUGGAAGUACAUAUAUGGCAGCUGUGGGACUUGUACCUACUUCAGGAACUAAGGCUAAAAAAUCAAUUUAUUCCCAUUUGAGUACACUCGCAGAUUUUGCAAUAGAGAUGUUUGAUGUUCUUGAUGAAAUCAACUAUCAGUCUUACAACGAUUUUGUCCUAAGAGUUGGUAUUAAUGUUGGGCCUGUAGUAGCUGGAGUCAUUGGAGCCAGAAGACCACAGUACGAUAUCUGGGGAAACACUGUGAAUGUUGCCAGCCGGAUGGAUAGUACUGGGGUGCAAGGGAAAAUUCAGGUGACAGAAGAAGUUCAGCGAAUAUUAAAGAGGUGCAGUUAUGAAUUUGUGUGCAGGGGUAAAGUCAGUGUAAAGGGAAAAGGUGAAAUGUUGACCUAUUUACUGGAAGGAAAGGCCAAUGGAAAUAAUUCACAGACACAGUCUUUAAACUUAGAGCGGAAAAUGUAUCCUUAUGGGAGAGCAAAUGUUCAAACAAAAUUGGGCACCAGCUGUCCAUCAGUGUCCUCAGUUGCUAGCUUAACUCCAAAAGCUGGCCUUGAAGCAGAUCAAGCAUCUACCACUCACACAAAUCAAACACUGCAUUAUCUUCCUUCUGUGCCAGCUGUGAAGGAGGCAUAGAGCAAAGGAAACUUUGCUAUGAAUGUGGAGAGCAAUGGUUGCCUGAAUUUUUACCAAAAGAUCAGAGGUCAUAGGCCAUGGCAUUAAACAAGGACCACUACAACCCAACCAAAGAGAGCUUGGGAGCUGUGUAAUGAACUCUUGGGAUGGAACAUAUAAGGGCUAGAAAUUCUGUUUGAAGAGUCAAAAACUGAUUUUCUGGAAAUAAGGAAUAUUUUCUUGGCAUUUUUAAUGGAUAAAUGAAAAAAAAAAAAGAUAAACAUGCAAACAUUUAUUUGUGUAUGUGUAUAUCUUUCAAUCUGUAUAUGCACAUAUACAAACACUCAUAUGUAGACCUAGUAUAUAUAUAUAUAUAUAAAUAAAAAUAUGUAUUUAUUUACACAUCCACUUGCAAUGACAUAUCAAAGAGAUUUCUCUUUUUGUCAUAGCCAGCACUAUUUGGUCUGGGAUUAGAAAAGCUGCAUUUGGAGUAUGUGGCAGAUGAAGGUUCUUUUGGGCUACAGCAAGGGUUAGAUAAACUGUUCCCAGUGCAUGAGUGAAUAAAACAUUGUUCAUUGCACUGUCAAUGGCCAAGUAAUGAAGGCUGGAUUCAGCAAAUUGCUAAAUACUAUGCAUUUUUAAAUUUCUACUUGCGUGCUCCAAAAACAUGCAUUGGGAUACAAAGCAGAUGAAGAACAGAGCUUAAAUUUUGGCAGAAGAGCAAUAUGAUGGGCUUUAUUUGAUGUUUUUUUGUUUGUUUGUUUGUUUGUUUUUGAAAGAAAAAAAAAAAACACAAAGACUGAUAGGGUUUUUAAAAUGGCUGAUUCUUUAGAAGUCAUUUGAUUCUUUGUAAGGAGCCACCCUGUAAACACAGUAAAAUGCUUAUGCAAUGUAGAAACAUUCCUAUAUAUACCAUAUCAAAGAGCAGAAAGAUGGUAUUAUUUCAGCCUUUUACAGAUAGCAUAAGUCCAACAGCUCGGUUCCAGGACUUAGCUAUACCUUUUAAAGCAUCUUAAAGAAUUUUCCUACAGACAAACAUGCUGUUGCUAGGUUUGUGCCAGCUUUGUAUGUUUGUCAACAUAGUUUUAUGUCUUAUUGAUUUUUAAAUUGAUGCCACAGAUUAUUUUUUUAUAUCUUGAUUCUACAUAGGCUCAUGAUUCAAAGCUGGACAAUUAUAGAAAACUAUCAUACUGAGAAACAAGCACAGUAAAACUUUGCACAAAUGAAGAGCUCACUAGUAAACAAGCCAGGAAAGUGAGGACUGCACUUAAUCUGAAUAAAAGGGAGUAUAUUUUAAUUGCUUUGUUUUUUAAUGCAGCCCACAUCUUAUCAUGCAUGGUUUCUUUUUGAAUCACCUGGAUGGGAAAUGUAUUACACAGCUCUGUACUCAAGGAGAGUGAACUCGUCAUGAAUGAGUGGUGACAUGCUUAGACAGCUGCUUUAAUGUUCUAAUGGGAUUUCACAAGCUAACCAGCCUCACUGCUUUCCAAAAGAGAAGCAAAGAUUUACACUGUUUAAAAGCACGUAAAUCUUUCAGAGUAUGCUAGAUGAGACCAUGACAGAGGAGAGUAGAGGAGAGUAGAGGAGA